CUGUUCGGGAAAAAUUACACAAACUUCCGCCCUUUGGUGCGUCUGAUGAAAACAGCAAAGAAAACAUUCCGUUUUGGCUCAAGAAUAAAGACGAAGGCUCGACUCGAAAAAACUGCUAACAAAGCGUCAGCUGGUUACACUUUGUGCGUUUAAUUAAACUGAGGCAGACAUUAUCGACUGUCAAGAAUGGGUCGCAUCUUCCUGGAUCACAUCGGUGGGAGUCGCCUGUUCUCUUGUGCCAACUGUGACACUAUUCUGACCAACCGAGCUGAACUCAUCUCCACACGCUUCACAGGAGCCACUGGCAGAGCCUUCCUCUUCAAUAAGGUUGUGAAUCUGCAGCACAGCGAGAUCCAGGACCGAGUCAUGCUGACAGGGAGGCACAUGGUGCGAGACGUCAGCUGCAAGAACUGCAGCAGCAAGCUGGGCUGGAUGUACGAGUUCGCCACAGAGGAGAGUCAGCGCUACAAGGAGGGCCGAGUGAUCCUGGAGAGGGCGCUGGUGAGGGAGAGCGAAGGCUUUGAGCACGCUCCGUCUGACACUUCCUGACUUCUCCAAAAGUCGACUGUUUCUUUUGUUGAGAGGAGCUAGACCAGAAACCGGCCAUAAACCGGGUGUUUGUGGGAAACUUAACCCAACAGCGCUUCUCCCGGUUUGUGUCGUGUGCCCAGCUGGCUCCAGUGUUGUUCAACUGUGUUAGCUGCUGCUCUCACUUGUGGAGGAUCAUCGCAGUCCAGAGUCUCAGGCUCUAAACAGAAGUUGAGAUAAAUUGACGCUCCAUGAAUUUGGUGCAAAGUUCUGGAAAAAAGAAAGAAUUGUGCUUAAAAAAUACUACGAAUGUAGUACAUUUUCUUAGUGCUUUUGUGGUAGAAAAUGUUUAUUAUAUAUAGUAUAUAGUAUCAAAUAUGACAAAUUAUUCUCUAUGGUUAAAGAUAAGUGUGUACUAAAUGAAAAUUAUAUCCCUUUAUGCUGUUUUGCAGUGAAACAAACUUUAUUUUUGAAAGUGAAAAUUCAUUCAUGUUAUUUUAACUUAUAGAAACUAUAAUUUAUUGCAAAAAUCUUCACAGUUGGGUCAGGUGCAUGUUUACGGCGUGUCCCCCGAGCCCCACUUACUGGUUUCUACCAAGUGUUUACUUUUAUUUGCCUUUAAAUUCUGUUUUGGGGGGAAACGGUCUCCUAGUUCCUGUUUUUAAAAGGAUUACAUUAACAAUAAAGAAAUUGAAAGCAUCAUUUAAUCAAUGUCUUGGAUGCUCCUUCAAAGUAAAAUGUUCUUCUUUAUAUCUGAUGAAGCCAAUUUAUUCUUUUACCAAGUCCAAAUGUUCAGUAGCCUUUGUGCUUCUGAUCUGCUAAUGUUGCAGACUUAAUACUGACUUGUGUCAAAUAUUAAAACACUACAACUAAACAUUAGGAGUCAGAAUUCUCAAGAGGAAUGUAAGUUGUGCACAAAUGCAACCAACUCGACCCAGAAUGCUAUUUGCUGGUCUUGCAUUAGGGAAUUGUACGUUCUGUAAGGAGCCUAAGCCCCACAGAAAAUCAGUCAAAUGCAAGUUUGUUUACAUUUUCAUGAUGCACACUAUAGUGUUGUUGUUUUGUUUUUACUUUUGCAUGACCGCCACUGUAGUAUGAUGGGGUUUUUACCCUUUUCGUGUCACACAUUAUUAUAUAAUGGGGUUUUGGGGCAUAUUUUCUUGACCCGUGGCAUCUAUAAGGUAAGAGGGGAACAAAGUGAAAGUAUGUGGUGAACCAGAAAAUGGUGAAGAUAAGUGGAAUGUGCCAUCGCUAUGGCAACUCAACUCUGUCUCCUUUCUCAGCCUGGGUGGGACUGCGGGAAGGCCGCUGAAACGUUCCAGGGUCACUGCAACCCUUAAUGCUCCUCCCCCUAUCCACACUGAGGUGACAUGCGCUGCUUGUCGUGGCUGCAGGAACUGAAGUGGGGAUAGUCCCAACCCACCACCCCACCUAGUGGACACUUAUGUUGUCUGAAGUCUGUUGCAUAUCUGUCUGAGGUGUUUUUUGCAGAGCAAAGCUGCCCUCCUGGUGGAGGGUAGCUCUGAAGUGCCUUUUAUUCCCCUCCACCUGAACCAACCCUCAUGUAACCUCUGAUCUCUAUUAAGGUAGCGCGACUCAGGGUUGCGAAUUACCACAGUCACCAAUUCUUGUCAUGUGUCUUACCCAUGUAUGUCUGAUCUCUGAAUUGUGUGUACUGAAACUAAUUUCCCUCUGGGAUUAAUAAAGUUUGAAUUGGUUUGAUUUGAUAAA